AUGGCGGGGCAAAAUCCAGGUUCGCCGACUGACUUUCAGUACUUUUACGAGGAUGAAGUGUAUAAAAUCAACAACCGCGGACAAGUGGUCUUCGGUCUCGUACUCGAAAACUAUGAAGGCAUCUCCAGUGACCAAGAGAGCGACAUUGAGGCAGCAGUACAAAAAGGCGAAAUUCGCGUUGUGUGGCAUCCUUCCGGCACUGAACGAGUAAUAUCUGAGAAGUCGGUUGGACUUGCGGACCGGUCUCUAAUGCCAGGUGAUGUGGUCCGCCGUCUGAUCGCCGGCAAAGACACACAACGUGGUUACUGUCGUGAUAUUGUGAUGACAGCGGCUUUACAGAUUGUGGGCACUAAACAUGUCAUACCCAAUGUAGCUAGUGAAAGACUACAGCCAUUAGAAGAGUUCACUCCUGAUCUGGCAGUCUGCCUCGAUUCCUGGGUUGGAACGUCCAAGGCUGUACAUAGUAAACUCCGUCUGGUAUCGGCUGAUGGAUCGAAACUUGAAUAUCCUGACCUCGAUAACUGUCCAUUGGAAGACUACUCUAUGCGCCGUCGUCGAUCUACACCGUACUCCUCAUCAGAGUUCUACCCAGGUCAAGUGGUAUAUGGACCGCUCGGUUCCCUAGACAAUGCUAACUGGAUUCAUGUAACUAAAGAAAUGAAAGCGGCCAGGAAACACAAGAUGCAUGAUCAUAAGUUCACUGUGGAAGCAGUAGUGACAGAGAGUGUAAGUGUGCAUUGGCAGUGUCGCGCACUGUGCACUACGGAUGCUGCUGCACCGCAGCAGCCCAAACUAUUAGUCGAGGGUGAUGACUUGAAAAAUUUAAAAUUGCUCAACGUGUUCGAACCUUGCACUUUGCAAGUUGGCGACAGAAACUUCUUGAUCAUCGGUCCCGAAGACACUUUCAUCAGCAAGAAGCAAUGGCGUAAACAACAGAGUAAAUACUACAGGAACCUGCGGAAGCAAACUAGGCCAAUUAAAAAGCCGUCAAAAUCGGAGACCAACUCUUCAGACCAUAUGCCGUCUAGGCCUAAGAAGCGCGCAUCGGCACAUCGCAAGUUAAAGAACACAGAUGUGAGUAAUGACAUGGAAGUGGAUCACGCUGAUGACAAAUUGGAGUCGUUGGAUGACGCAUUGAAGGCUGACUUGAACUGCCCAAGCAUCAAGAUCGAGCCAAGCGGUGAUAUUUCACUACCCAUGGCCAGCAGUCAAGAGGAUACUGCCACUGAGGAGAAAAACGACUCUGGCAUCAGUCCGGAGCCUAAUCGCGAGGACGGCUCGCUGCUCAACGGCGAUAGCAAGUCUGAUAUAGGCCUCAACGAUGACGAUUCUGACAACUGGGAGAAUACGAGCAGCGACGGCAGCGACACUGAUAGUGGUGCGACAUGGUCGUCACGUUGCUCGUCGGCCGGGUCGCAGCGCGGCAAGCGGUCGCCGCAGCUGGCGGUGCGGUUGUUGCGCGGCAAGCGGCUCAAGCGCACCGCGCGCCGCGCCCCGCCCGCGCCCCCGCCGCGCCCCGGCGACCGCGUCGUCGUCGAGACGCUGCACACCGCCUCGCGGGCCAACGUCGUCUGGCAGGACGGCACCAUAGAAAUGGGCAUACCAUCUACUCAACUAUACCCUAUACACCAUUUGGACGGCCAGGAAUGUUUUCCGGGCGAUUUCGUGGUCAGCGGUGCAGCAAAUGUUGAAGAGAACCAGCAGUUGAAGCAUAGGGAAUACGGCGUAGUACAGCGUGUAGACCAUCACGGACGGACCGCUAUAGUACACUGGUACCGCACCUAUACCAGCGCCGAUGAGCCCGUGCCUCAAAUGUUACAUGAGAGCGAGAUGAGCGUUUACGAUUUAAAGGACCAUCCGGACUUCCAAUAUCGUCCCGGUACGGUCGUCAUACGUGUCGCUAAUUUCACAGGCGAAGACGCCAACUGUACCGCUGGACAGGUAAUAGAUAAUUUCCCGACUGGUCGAGUAAAGGUAUGGUGGGUAGAUGGACAUACAAGCAUGUGCUGGCCACAGGAUCUCUAUAAGGUGGGCGAAUACGACUCGGAGGAGGGUGAACUGUGGGGCUCAGAGGGGUCCGGUUCGGAGGACUCGUGGGAGACGCAGAGCUCCGCGCACGAUGCGACCCCGCGCACGCCCGACCACCCCGCCCCGCACACCCCGCACACUCCGCACACCCCGCCCGCCGCGCUCACAGCGCCACCCACCGACGGUUCGUUCCUAGUGUUCGUGAACCAGCCAGCGCACGAGACGGGCGCGGGGGUGGGGGCGGGGGCGGGGCCGGUGGAGGGGGGCGUGCCGCGUCUGCUGGAGCCUCGUGUGGCCGCUCAUAUUGAACGCGGCCGCAUCGCGAUGAGACGUCUCGAGGAGAUGUUCGCUAAACAUCCUACGCUGCAGAGUCAGGAGAUAAUGCGUAAAUUACUUCAACUGUAUAAGGAUUGCAGAUUUUUGGACCGCUUGAUGGGUACUUCCUUCUUCCAUGAGGAUCACUUUUUGGGUUUAUUGGAGCGUGUUCGCGAACGUGGCGCGAGCACGCCGCGAGCGGGCGAGAGGCGUGUUCACGAGCAGCUCGCUCGCUUGUUCGCGCCCAACGAGACUCCGCCGGAACCGCCGCUAGACAACAUGCUGGUGGACGAGGAACACGCCCCGGGACAGGCGAUCAUCACCUCUAACGUCACCGUAGAACCUAUGGAGGUCGAAGGAAGCACUCCCAAGAAGCAGUUGCAUCUCAAUAUAGAGCCCGUGCAAGCAUCUGGUUCAGAAUCGAACGUCAGUCAAGAUAACGUGCAGCUCGGCGAAAAUCCGUCCACAGAGACGUCCGACGUGGACGGCACAACUCGCAACGUUUGCUACAAACUCUGCUCCCUGAUUCACUCGCAACUUGUCAAGGCGCACGCCGAAGUCAGCCGGAGAAGGCCGCAAGAGUUGGCCGAAUUCCUAAACAGCUUAAUGAGAAAGCAAAACGCGACGGAAGAGAAGUUACCCUACCACUUUUCAGUUCAGUACGGUGCGCUUGUGGUUAGCAUGGCGGAUCAAGACGAUAAAGGGGACAAAAGCCUGGACGAGGUGAAGGACAUCAUUAACAAUACCGCUACCUCCGCCAGUUCAGAUGUCAACGUUCCCGCUACAGAGACGGCUCCGUUGGCCACCGCCGAAGGCUCCGAAGUGGAACCGGAGGCGGAUCCAGUGGGCCCCGGCGAGGACGUCGGCGGCGGUGAAGGGUUCUGCGUGCUCGAGUCCGCCCCUGUCGCUCAUCGCUUCCACUUGUCCAUGCUGCAGCCGUCCGAGCCGAGAACAUUCUACUCGGCCGUUAAAAGAGAGAUCAAGUUGCUUAAGAGCGAUCUUCCUCCAGGGGUGUGGGUUCGUGCGUUCGAGGAUCGCAUCGACCUCCUGUCGGUGAUGAUAGCUGGCCCCACUAAGACCCCGUACGAGGGGGGUCUGUUCGUGUUCGACGUACAACUGGGCGGGGAAUACCCGCGCGCGCCACCGCUAUGCCACUACCACUCGCACUGUACCGACAGGCUCAAUCCCAACCUUUACGAGGACGGGAAGGUGUGUGUAUCGUUGUUGGGCACGUGGUCCGGGCGCGGCGUGGAGGUGUGGGGCAAGGACAGCUCCCUGCUGCAGGUGAUCGUGUCGCUGCAGGGGCUCAUACUCAACGCGGAGCCGUACUUCAACGAGGCCGGAUACGAGAAACAGAAAGGCACUCAACAAGGGAAGGAGAACUCGCGCAUGUACAACGAGAUGGUCCUUUUAAAACUGGUCCAAUCCAUGACUAAAAUGGUUAUGAAUCCCCCGGAGCCGUUCCGCGAGGAGAUAUUAGAACAUAUGCGCGCCAACGCCGGCUCCCUAUGUCACCGGCUCGAGGGGAUAGUGGCCCUGUCCAACGGGGCCGCCCCCCCGGACGUCUGUCCCCCCGACUAUCCCCUCAUCCCCGCCUCGCGAGGCUUCUGCCUCACCCUCCGCUCCUCACUAGACUCGUUCCGCAACGCCCUCCGUCGUAACGACAUCCCCGUCCCCCCAUCCACAUUAUAG